AAGCUCCAGUACCUACCAACAAACCAAGCUCGAAACCUACUUUAAUGUCCCCAACCAGAGCUCGGAUCGCUCUCCAAUGGCGCUCUCUCCGUCCCUAGAAUUCAUCCGAUUUCCUCCACAGUCAUUAUCCUCAUCUUCUCAUCAUCUUUUCAUCUCCGGCCUCGGCUCUGUAUCGCGCUUCUUCCGAUCUCCAUGGCUUUCCUCUCUCGUUCCGUCGCGGACGUGCAGGAUCCCGCUGGUUCCGGUUGUGGUGAACCUCAAUUUGCCUUCGAGAACGAAAUGUUUCUCGAUGUCCACCGAGGAGGAGCGAUGGAGCGAUUCGGAAGCGUUGGCGUCCGAUGUUGAGGAAGGAGGAGAUCGCGACGAUGAUAUUCGUGUUCAGCAUCAGAGCUCUGUGGCCGCUGCUGCUUCUGCGCAGAGGAUUUCUUCCUCGUCGCCAAGUGAUUAUCUGUCACUGGCCAUUCGAGAGCCGGUAUACGAGGUAUUAGAGGUUAAGGCCGAUGGAACCGUAUCCACUAGGAAGAUUAACAGACGCCAGCUAUUGAAGUCAAGUGGGCUCCGUCCACGUGAUGUCCGAAGUGUUGAUCCAUCUUUAUUUUUGACAAACUCAAUGCCGUCAUUAGUGGUUCGUGAACAUGCUCUUUUGCUUAAUCUGGGUUCACUGCGAGCAAUAGCUAUGCCGGAUUGCGUCCUCAUAUUUGAUUACAACCGUCAAGGAGGACAAGCUUUCAUUGAAUCAUUGUUGCCUCGAUUGAACCCAAAAAACAUGAAUGGAGUGCCAGCAAUGCCAUUUGAACUAGAGGUCGUUGAAGCUGCAUUGCUUUCACGAACACAGCGUUUGGAGCAGCGAUUAAUGAAAGUAGAACCUCGUGUUCAAGCUCUACUUGAGGUGCUGCCCAACAAAUUAACUGGUGAUAUGUUGGAACAACUUCGUAUUAGCAAGCAGACUUUGGUUGAAUUGGGUUCCAGGGCAGGGGCUCUCAGACAAAUGCUUCUUGAUCUUCUGGAGGAUCCGCAAGAAAUACGACGUAUCUGUAUUAUGGGAAGAAACUGCACGCUUAAUAAAAGAAACGAUAAUGUGGAGUGCUCUCUUCCUUUGGAUAAGCAGACUGCUGAUGAAGAGGAGGAAGAAAUAGAAAUGCUGUUGGAAAAUUAUCUUCAGAGAUGCGAAUCUUGUCAUGGCCAGGCUGAAAGACUUCUGGAUUCUGCAAAAGAAAUGGAAGAUUCUAUUGCUGUUAAUUUGAGCUCUCGGAGACUAGAGGUUAGCAGAGUGGAACUGCUUCUCCAAGUUGGGACAUUUUGUGUGGCAGUGGGUGCUUUAAUUGCAGGAAUAUUUGGCAUGAACUUACGAUCAUACCUUGAAGAACAUGUGUUUGCCUUCUGGUUAACAACAGCCGGGAUAAUUGCUGGCGCUGUAGUGGCAUUCUUUCUCAUGUAUUCGUAUCUCAGAGAUCGGAGAAUCCUAUAACUUAGUAGAUGGUUCGGGUCGUUCAUCUUGGAGGAGCUGCUAGUAAAGGGUAUGCCAUAUACACAUAUAUAAUAUAUAUAUAUAUAUGUGAUAUGUGGUGGUUCUCACUUCUCAUAUGAAUAUUCAUUUUUUCUUAUUUAUGAUAUGGUGACAACCUCAUAUAUUGGUGUAUGAGGCAAAGAUCGCCUCCCGUUCUCGAUUUUUAUCGUUCUGUUGAAGCUCAUGGUGUAAAAAUCACCGAUUGAAAUGGUAGAGGACAAGUUUUCGAUUAUCAGAUGCCUUAAAUUCAUUUAAUGCAAUAUUGUUACCUAUUACUGAAAAA